GUGUCUAAGAGAAACAUGGCGUCGCACUUGUGAAAGUCAUGAGCCACACGUCUGGGAAGAAUUGCCGUUGUUUAUCGUGACAUUUGGGCGAUAUUGUAUUACAAAUUACAACUAUAUCAAUGAUACAUUAAGACGUUAGGCACCACAUUGCAUUUAAACGAGAUACAUAGACCUAUUUCAUCGGGGACUGCAGGUGUAUUAAAAUGGAUCAAGAACAGCAGCUACGAAAUUUAAAGGAUUUCCUGUUAGUUUACAAUCGGAUGACCGAGAUCUGCUUUCAGCGAUGCACAACCAACUUCAAUUACAGAGCUCUUACUAUGGACGAGGAGCGUUGUACUGAUAGCUGCGCUGGUAAGCUCAUCCGCUCCAACCACCGCCUGAUGGGCACCUACGUGCAGCUAAUGCCUGAAAUGGUGCAGCGGCGGAUGCAGGAGAUGGAGAGCAAGGCUGCUGAGCUGGACCGAGCAGAGGCUCAGGCUGCCAGUGCAGGAGUGGAGCAGGCAGCGGUGCCAGCGAUGCCAGGCCUGGAAGCCACACAUGUGCCUGUUGGCAUCACGCCAGACAUGGCAGCGCCCGUCAUCACCACAGAUGCCCCACCUCCACCUGUGUUUGUCCAUGAAGCCACAGCAGCAGUGGCAGAUCUAUCUGGCGUAGUUCCACCUGCUGCAGACAUGCCGGUGAUGAAUGGACCGUCCUUCACAAACGGUGCUGGGAACGGUGAACCAGCCUUUGUCCUGUCACCAGCUCCACCAGAACUGUCAGGUCCAGUGGGCCUACUCUCUGGUAUAUCAGAAGCCCCUGUUGUAUCCUCUGAAGCAAAGGUAGCAUUGCCCAUAGCUGUUGAAGGACCAAUGAUACCCUUUUCUAUACCACCAGUAGUGACCGAGAUACCUUCUCUCAGCGUUUCUGUGGAAAAGAUGACUCCUUCACUCUUAGAGCUGCCGUCCACAGUAACGCCAGCCCUGCCCACGGUCACUGUACCAUCACCACCAGAGUUUAGCGCCUCAGUACCUGGUUUGAUGAAUGCCGCAUCAGAUGCCAUUGCACCUGCUCCUGUUCCUGUCCCUGAACCUAAAGCUGCAGAUCUGACCAAAGGCAUGUCUACUUCAAGCACCAAUGGCUCUGGAGGCGAUUCCCAGUCCUCAUCUUGAGUUAAACAGACUGUUCUCUUUUGUUGUUACAGAAUGAUUAAUCAAAUACAAAAAUGCGCUAACUAAAUGAAAAUAACUAAAUGCUCAAACAUUGCACAUAUAUGUAAUGACUGUGAACCUUUUUAUUAAAAAGAUUCAGUGCUGGAGAGAAA